GAGCACGUUGCGUGACGAGCGUGAAGAUACCAUUGGUACCCAGUACCGUACUGAAAACGUUUGUUUUUAGUGGUUAAGCACAAUGGCUUCGUCUUCGACAAGGCUACAGUCUAAUGAUUGGGUUCAUUACUGCUUCAAAGUUAUUAUCAUCGGUGAUUACAAGGUGGGAAAGACGUCCCUUCUAUGCAAGUACACUGGCCAUCAAUAUCGCUCACCAAGCUCGACCAUAAGCGUAGACUUCCGAGCAAAAAAUUUGGAGAGGAACGGAAAGAGGGUCAAACUCCAAAUCUGGGAUAUAGCUGGACAGGAAAGAUUCCGUACGGCUGUGGCGAGUUAUUAUCGUGGAGCAGUAGGAGUAAUUCUGGUUUAUGAUGUUACGAACAGAGAGUCUUUCCGUAAUAUUGGAUACUGGUUAGUCCAAUUUUUGUCGGCUAUAAGUUUUAGUUUCGAAGUCUAACGGCGAUGUUCACAUUUUUACCUAUAGCGUGAUGCUUAAUGAAUUUUUGUCCUCAACUUGAUGCAAAAAGGUCAAAACUUAAACGAUCGAGGUCGAAUUAUAUAUGUUGACAGAGUGAAAGGUUGAAUUGCAUUUGUUCAUAGUAAAACCAUUGGAUAAUUUAAGAACAAAUACAUUUCACACCAUAAACUAAUUGAAAAGCGGAAGUAUUCUGUCUAGGCACUCGUACUUUCAGCUAUUGAAUCUUUCCCUCUUUCUCUUCCGAUCCUUUGGCGUAACAGAGACUGAUACUAUCAUUUUCUAACUAAGAUGUGAUCAUAAUCACGAGACCCUGAAACUUUUACAACCAUUCAAGUAUCGAAACUGCUUUUCGAGUUGUUAUGUUCAGGAGAGGCUUUUACAGGUGUCAUUCGAUCAAAUCGUGAUCGUCAUCAAAUUGUCAUCAGACGAAUCAUCCUGAGUUGCACAACCAGAGAAAUUACGGUGGAUUAUCGUGUCUGCAGACGAGGAGUUUUUGUCUUGUGUCGCUUUUUUGCAUCGAGCAUCGUGCACGAAUCAUUUGCUUGACUGACUCGUACUUCACGCGAAAUGUGAUUGAAGUAAAAUUUGCAUAUUCGCUCCUCGAUAGCACACACGAUUUCACCUUAACGUUAUUCCUAAUUUCUGCAGGCAUGAACAAAUGAGGAAAUUCUGUGACCCACAUGCGAAAGGAAUUCUUGUGGGCAAUAGAUGUCACUUGUCUCACUUACGAGAAGUCCAAGCGGAGGAAGGAAAAACUUUUGCAGAACACCUUGAGCUACCUUUCUUUGAAACAAGCACAGAGAAGAAUAUCAAUGUCAUUGCAUGUUUUGAUGAACUGGUUGACUCUAUUAUUGAACAAAUGGAAAGAGGAAGGCAGAUACGGGAAUUAACAACACUUGUGCUUCCAGCCAGUGGCGAAGAAAAUAGGAAUGUUGAAGCAUGUGCAUGCACGAUACUAUGA